GUCAGUAAAAUUGGGCAGCUUGACUGUGGAAUUAGAAGCAUUUCUGACCCAAGUCCAAUUCUACUCAUGUUUGCUCGGCAGUCUGCCUGUGACAUCAGGACUUGGACAUUAUAAAUAUUAGAAUGGACUCACACAGGCAGUUUGCAAACACCACUGCUCGGAGCAGACUGAGAGACUCAUACCACACAGGCAGACAGCAAGUUCAACCAGAUGAAGAGACAGCUUCAAAAUACCAUGCUUGCCUGGGCUCUGCUGUUUUGCAUGAUAACAGAGGUGUGCUCUCAGCUGUGCCGGGGCCCUUGCUAUUGCCCCUGGACUCUACCCCGCUGCCCCCCAGGGGUGCCCCUAGUCAUGGACGGUUGCAGAUGCUGCCAAAUCUGCGCCCGGCAGCAAGGAGAAUCCUGCAACGUGAAAUACUUGUGUGAUCAAAGGAGGGGGCUUCGCUGCGACUACAGUGCCAGCUUCCCAGGGGCACCAGGAGUCUGUGUGUCCCAAGACGACUCAAACUGUGAGCUGAACGGGGUGCGCUAUAAGGAGGGCCAGGUGUUCCAGCCCUCUUGUAAAUUCCAGUGCCGCUGUUCGGACGGAGGGAUCACCUGUGGGCCCCUGUGCAGCGAGGACGUGCGGCUGCCCACCCCCGACUGCCCAAACCCCCAGCGCGUGGUGCAGCCUGGGAAAUGCUGCCAGGAGUGGAUAUGUGAAAACAUGGACAACAACCUCUUCCAGGAUGCCAUGGCAGCCUACAGGCCUGAUGCAGCCAGUGGUGUGGAUACCCAGAGCCAGGGUCUCUACCCUCCUUAUAACUGCAUAGAGCAGAGCAGUGAAUGGAGCGCCUGCUCCAAUACCUGCGGGAUGGGCGUGUCGACCCGGGUCUCCAACAGGAACCGGGCCUGCCGGCUGGAGACACAAAGCCGCCUGUGUAUCGUCAGACCCUGCCAGGACCGCUCCAGAAACACACCAGCCGGACCAAAGAGAUGCGAACGCAGCCUGAGAGCAGCAAGACCAGUCCGGUUUGUGCACCAGGGAUGCCUCAGUGCACAGACUUUUCAACCAAAAUACUGUGGGACCUGCGCAGACUCGAGAUGCUGCACUCCUUACCAGACUAGGACCGCCACCGUGGAGUUCCAGUGUCCCCGCGGAAGGACCGAGCAGCACCUCAUGAUGUUCAUCGACUCCUGCGUCUGUCACUAUAACUGUCCACAGGCUCACGCGACGGUUUAGAGCACAGUGUAGAGCAUAGCGAUGUGCGCAACGAAGACGAACUGUUUCUGAAAGGAACACUGAGUGAAACUGAACCAAGUGUUUAUACACAGCUUCUAAAAAAAUGUAUUAAAUGUAAAUAUAUUGUAUAUAUUUAUAAACAAAAUUAUACUUUUUUUAAUAUCAAAAGGUUUGUUUUUAUUUCAAUAACAAUUGCACUUAUUUGAUAUCUGAUUUGUAAAUAAAGACUUUACCUAAUUCUGCAGAUAACCCUAUAGUUGUUUUAGACUUUGCUGGAAUGAACAUGUGUUUGUUUCUGAAUACAGUACAGUAAUUCAGACUUUUAGAUCAUUAUAUACAGACUACAAACACUAUUUUAUCUACUAAUUGUAUUAUCUAGCUAUAGCCAACAUAACAUAUCCAAUGCUGAGUCCUUGGUAUACAGUACACACAGGCAGCAUGCAUAUACACCUCCUUUAAUACAAUUAUUAUCUAUUCUAUCCAUCUGUUUAAAUGAGGGAAACUAUCACAUUUACACAUUUGAAAAUAAUGUAAAUUCCACAAGCUUAAAUCUGCAUAUUGUUUUAAUGCAAUGUUAAGGUCUGUAGCAACUUAUGAACGCAACUAAGAGUUGUGAAAUGUAUAUAUUUAAAGCCAGCAUACAUCAGUAGUCUAUUCAAUACUUUAUUGCUUCACAUUGUACUGUAGGCUACACCGCUAUCAGUGUAUAUAUUGAAAAAAAAAC